AUGCCGCCCAAGAGAGCCGCUCGAGGCGGCGCGUACGCCCACGGCGAGGAACCGGACGCGGGCGCGGCCGAGCCGACCUCGAUCCCUAUCCCGAAGCGCAGGCGCACGCAGGAGAAGUCGGCUCCGCGAUCUUCGGCGCGCGCCGCGAACAAGGGCGAGCCGGGCGCCGACGAGGACGAUGUCAACUCCUUAUUCUGGCUCGUUGAGGUGCGCACAGACCACAGCGGUGACCGUGGAUGA